AUGUCUGGGUUUGUGUCUGCACAGGCUAAGGACAGCGAUGAUGAUGAUGAAGUCACCGUUAGCGUGGACCGGGAUCGCUUCAUGGAUGAGUUCUUUGAACAGGUGGAAGAAAUUCGAGGGUUCAUCGAUAAAAUUUCUGAGAAUGUGGAGGAAGUGAAGAGGAAGCACAGUGCUAUUCUUGCAUCCCCCAACCCAGAUGAGAAAACAAAGGAGGAGCUCGAAGAAUUAAUGUCUGACAUCAAAAAGACAGCAAACAAAGUGCGCUCCAAGUUAAAGAGUAUUGAACAGAGUAUUGAACAAGAGGAAGGAUUGAAUAGAUCAUCUGCUGACCUGAGGAUAAGGAAAACGCAGCAUUCCACAUUGUCGCGCAAGUUUGUGGAGGUGAUGUCUGAGUACAACGCCACCCAGUCUGACUACAGGGAGCGCUGCAAAGGGAGGAUUCAAAGACAGCUGGAAAUCACUGGCAGGACCACAACCAGCGAGGAGCUGGAAGACAUGCUGGAGAGCGGGAAUCCAGCCAUCUUCUCCUCUGGGAUCAUCAUGGAUUCCAACAUCACCAAGCAGGCGCUGAACGAGAUCGAGACGCGGCACAGCGAGAUCAUCAAGCUGGAGACCAGCAUCCGGGAGCUGCACGACAUGUUCAUGGACAUGGCCAUGCUGGUGGAGAGCCAGGGCGAGAUGAUUGACCGCAUUGAGUACAACGUUGAGCACUCUGUGGACUACGUGGAGCGGGCUGUGUCUGACACCAAAAAGGCUGUUAAGUACCAGAGCAAAGCCAGGCGGAAGAAGAUCAUGAUCAUUAUCUGCUGCGUGGUCCUGGGCAUCGUCAUCGCCUCCACCUUCGGCGGCAUUUUCGGAUAGACCUUGCCAAGGCGAAACUUUCUCUGUAGACAAUGGGAUGGAGCUGCCGAGCUGCCAGGCCCAGCCGUGCCCGAGGGGGACCAAGCCCUGCAGCCGCCAGGGAGGGGCCUUCCCAGCAGAAUUUCAGUUUCUAAUGCAUGAUCGUUUUGUAACACUGUGUGUACGGUGCGGUGCGUCUGUGUGGCAAGGGGGCAGGCGGCCAGUGUGUGGGGCUGGGACGUGGGGGGAGCUGGGCCCGAUGGAGGGCAGAGCACGCAUGCAGCACUGAGCCUAAAGCAAGGCAGCCAGCUGGUGCAGUGGGGGGAGGAGGGAGGCAGGCUGCCCUCAUGUAGUGAGUCUCCUAGCAUGGUGCCAGGUGCAGGACAGCAGGGCAUGCCAAUGGCAUUGGGCGAGGGAGAGCAAGGGGCAGUGCUGUGUCCCCCCACAGAGCAGAGAGCUAGCCAGCCAGUCCCCACCCAGCUUUGUAGCCUGGCACUGCCAGUGGGUGUUCACUGGCAGUCAUAGCUCCUUCUGCAUCUGCUCUGCCAGGGCAUUACUGACAAAGUGCCACAUCCCUCUGCCUACUCCCAGCAGUGCCCCCCUCCCUAGGGUACGCCUGGCCUGCAUCUACCCCCUGCUGCUCCCUGCAGUGCCCCCCUCCUCCAGCCAUAUCUGACACUGCACCAACCCCUGCUGCUCCCAGCAGUGUCCUCAUCCCCAGGGCACAUCUGGCACUGCACCUACCCCUCUGCAGCUCCCUGCAGUGCCUUCCUCCGCCAUAGGUGGCACUGCACCCACACUGCUGCUUCCUGCAGUACCCCCCCCCCCCCCC